AUGGAUGACCAGGUGCCCAAAGCGCGCGUCACCAGAGCAGCCGUUCACAAGGCUUGCCGACCAAGGGCCGCGCGAGCAUGCGAUGCUUGUCGAACCAAGAAGAAUAAAUGCGACGAGCUAUACCCAUGCACCUACUGCAAAAAUCGCAAGCUCGAGUGUAUUUACAAAGGCCAGGAUGCUGCCAGCAGGCGCUAUGCACCCGACUACGUACGACAGCUCGAGGAUCAUGUGAAGAACUUGUCCAAUCGCCUCGAGUCUCACUCUCAGGAGUCUCAGAAAAGGCGAGGGCCAGACCCCCCGGCCGCUGCUGCAGAGGCCACAAACCCCAGCGAUUCGACCUUGCCGCUGGCAGGUGACCAACAGCAGCAGCAGCAGCAUCCGACAUGGCCGGAAUCGCAGAUGGCGACUGAGAACGAAGCCAACGCCCACGACAACUACGCAGCGUCAGACUACGAUGUCAUCCCAACGCCGCGCAGCACAUCCACGAGACUGGCCGGCGAGCAUGAAGUUUCCGGCGUCAAUCGCCAUACGCGCAACGUCGAGUUCUACGGCACUUCGUCCUCUGUCGCCCUUCUAUCCCACAUUCAACGCAACGGCGGCCAGGACAGCUCGACCGCCGAUGACGCACACGCCCUUCUCGUCACGAGCCUUCACAAUCCGUCCUUUCAUUCUCCCGACGCGAGCUCAGCACGCGUCGAUGCAGGCACGCUGAGCCAGCCACUCCUCUACUCCCGUCACAGCCGAGGCUUCCUGGACAACUACUUCUCCGCCAUCCACUACAUUCACCCCAUACUCGACAGGCAACUCUUCCUCCAGAGGUGUGAGCGCUUGUGGACCGGCGCCGAGGGCACCCGCGUCACGAGCUUUGCCGCCCUCUGCUACAGCGUCCUUGCCCUCGGCGCCCUUGUCGGGGUCAGUCCUGACGACCCUCUCGAGGGUCUGACCAAUCUCCAGUGGAGCAGGAAGUUCUUCGACCAGGCCAAAACAUAUUGCAAUCAACUCGGCAUGGUCACUGAUCUCGAGAUGGUCCAGUGCUAUUUCUUUCUGGUAACAGCCGCGUCACACGUUUCGAGCUACGGAAGGACAUUUGCGCUGACUUUGGAUGCAGGCCAAGUCAGGACAGCGCUGGCCAUGGGCAUCAACCGAGGCCCCGGGCCCAAUGCAAGGACAGAUACGGCGAGAUUGAAAGCAGAAUCCCGGACCUGGUGUGAGUUGUCCUUCGCGAUGGGCAGGCCGGAUACAUUAGGAGCAGAUCUCUAUCACACCCGCCCGUAUCCUCUCAUACAGGGCUCACCAGACGCCGACACCAAUCAACCCGAGCUACUCGAGCCUCCCCAUUGCGCCAUCAUCAAAUCCAUGGUUGACUUUUCGCGACUGACGAGGACAGUCUGUCUUGGCAUCUAUCUGUCCGAUUCGCCUGUGCUAUCGACGACUGCGCUUGCUUUCCAGAUUGAGAAGGAUCUUGACCGAUGGAUUGAGAGUCUUCCAGAGCAGAUUCGACCGAACAUUUCCGCUGGCCCGCCAUCAACUCUCAAGGCGGCGCGAGAUCCUCAAUGGGCGAAGCGGCAAAAGCUAGUCCUAACCAUCCGGUACCAUAACAUGCGGAUUCUUUUGUUUGGAUCACUGCUGCUCAAGUCGUCCGGGACGGAGCGCGCAUCGAUCCCUGAUGCACAUGAGGCCACGGAGAAAUACCUCGAUUCGGCCUCCAAAACUAUUGAAAUUAUAUAUCGAACACACGAGCACAACGACUUCUUCCGCACCUGGUUCUACAAUACCACAUACACAGUAUUUGCCGCCUCCAUCAUACUCGUGCACGUUACACGUUCGUCAGAGACCGAUAACCAGUAUCUACUAGAGCGUGUCGGCAUGGCAAUCGAGAUCCUCGAGAACAUGGACGAGUGCGUCGUAGCCCUGGAGGCCGCCAAACUGCUGCGCCAGGCAAAGGAGAAGGCGCAAAGCUCUGUGCCAUUCACUUCCAGCCAGGCAGCCUACGACUUUGAGGGAACCAUGCUCCUCAACCAAUACUGGGGCCCCUUGGAUCUUCUAGGCGGCGACAUGGACCUGGAUUUUGCCUUUCAGUUCUCGGACCUCGAUGCGCCGAGCGCGUCUUGA